UCCUGACUUCAGCAGACACGCCUAGAAGUCAAAGUCUGUGUUUACUUCCGACACAACCUCCACUACACAUUAUGGAAACGGCCGUGGGGUCUCAGGACACGUCUGUGGGCGAAGAGUGCCCCUUCUGUCAAAUAGUAAACAACCAGAGUGACACAGAAAUCUUGCUGAGUGAUGCUGAGCUGGUUUGUUUUCGGGACUUGAAGCCUGGAGCUGCACAUCAUUACCUCAUUAUUUCAAGGACUCACAUCGACAACUGUAAGAGUCUGAAGGCUGAACACAUCCCUCUAGUGGAGCAUAUGGUGGAGAUGGGAAAGAACAUACUGGAAAAGAACAAAAUCUCUGAUGACAUCAGGAUGGGGUUUCAUAUCCCUCCAUUCUCUUCUGUUCCUCACCUUCAUCUCCAUGCUUUAGCACCAGCAAGUAAGAUGAACAUGAAAUCCCAGCUUCGCUACGGGCCACAGUCUCAUUGGUUCAUCACAGUAGACAAAGUGCUUUCUCAGUUAAGAAGACAAGGAAAAGUCAAAUGAAGAGCAAACAACCCAUUUUUUUUUUUUGGAGUAGCCCAAAUAUUUUUGCCUUAUGUACUGUAUUUAUUUUACCAGUUUGUCACAUACAUCAUAGUGCUGUCAGUGUCAAGUUGUGUGAGGGGAUUUUUUCAGCCAAGUGUAUUUAUUUAUAAAUUGCAAGCAAAUAUUGUUGCAUUUUUAUAUGUCAAAAAGUGCGGUUCUUUUUGCAGUUUGCAAUGAAAUUAUCAUUAUGCGCUAACAUAUUAGUUUGUGUAAAUGAAAAGUUUAUUGUAUUGUUUAUGCAUAUUGGUAUGUGCAGUCCUUCCAUGAUUAGUGUAAAUCAUGUAUAUUAAUAAUUAUUUAUUUCUAGAAAGGUGUUUUUUUUAUUGUUCAUUAAGGAUGAGUUGGACAUUUUCAGUUCUGGUUUUGAACCACUGGAUGUCAUUGGUGUAUUGAAGAUCUUAUCGAGAUGCAGUGAUGAGAGAUAACUGACAUGGGACUCCACAUCUCAUAUUUAGCACUUUAUAUACGUAUAAUUUGAUCAUUCAUUUGUUUUCAUGCUUAUUUGAAAGAUCUAGGAAGGGGAUAUAGGUGUUGGGCUUCUCAAGCUUUAGAUUGCUUAUGCAGAGUUUGAAAGAGGCAUUACUUCUACUUUCACAUCAACAAUGCAAUAUUA